AUGGAACACAACAACAAACAAGCACAGACCAACGGCUUCUUGCCAAAUGGGCAUAAUAACAUAGACAAAGUUGCAGCGGGCAAAAAUAUGAAUCCCGAUUUAAAUGGCUGUGAUACGGGAGCUAUGUUUGUGAUGGAAGAUGAAGAUCAUCAAACGGUAUUACUAAAUUCACUUAACAUGAUGCGCAAAAGUCGAACAUUUUGUGAUGUUAUAUUAAAUGUGGGAAAUUGCGAGUUACACGGUCACCGUGCUGUGUUGGCCAGCUCGAGUCGGUUUCUGAUGGAGAUGUUUAGCACUGAUGAUGAAGAAAAGAAAGGUUCACAGCGAGAAGCAAUAACAACAUAUGCACUGAAUGCCACUGGUCCACUCAGCGAUUGUUCUGCUGUUGAGAAGCUCAUCGAAUACACCUACACAUCUCGUCUGGAAGCAAAUGUUUACCAAGUAAAAUCAAUAUUUCAAGCAGCCUGUUACUUAAAAAUGGACCGUAUUGCAAAAGAGUUGGCUCGUUUCAUGCUGAAAUACUUGAAUGUCGAUAAUUGUAUUGAGAUACGUUCUCUUCCUUGUAUAUCAACAAACAUAUCGUUUAUUAACCAAGUCAACUCAUUUAUAUCAGCACAUAUGAAAGAGAUUGCUGAAACUUCAACUUUUCUGUCAUUACCAUGCAUACAAAUAGAAAUUUUAAGUCAAACAAAACAAGAGAUGACUUUGAGUACAGGUGAUUCUGUAUCUCAGUUAGUAUUAGAUUGGAUUAAACGUUGUUAUGAUGAGAAUGAACCAGCAACAUUCUUUAAUGGUCUUAUGGAAAAAACGUAUAUGUUAUACUUGGCAUUAGAUAACAUAUUACAGGAUUGUUCAGAACUUCCAUCUGGAGAGUUAAGUGAUACUGAAAUUGUACAGGACUAUAAAAAACUAUCCAAGAAAACAACAUCUAUUCCAAAGACUAGACGUAAGGGUCAAAUACAACCGGCCAAAUCUAGAGUUUUGAUAUGCAACCGUGAAAUGCAUGAACGAAGGGAGAGUUUUAUUGAUAGUGAUUGGACUAUACUUGGUGUUACUUGUGUUGGAGAACAUACUUUUUCUGCUUUGGGCUCACUAAAAGGUCAAUUAUGUUCUUUGAGCAUAAAAUUAAAACUAAAUAUAUCUAUGUUAUCAAAUCCGCCUUCUACUCAACCGUCACCAUUGCACAGCCGAGCUGAGUCUCAAGAAUCAUUGCCUGAUCUUUAUUGUGCUUUAGCUCUCAUGACAUCUGGGAAAUGUGCUAUUGGUUGUGCUAAUUUUAACAACCGUCUAUUAGUAUGUGGGGGUUAUGAUCGAACUGAAUGUAUAAAAAACGUAGAGUCUUAUGAUCCUGAACAAAAUGUUUGGGAAACUUUUGAACCUAUGUGUGAAGCACGUGGGCGAUUUAAUAUAGCAGUAUUAAAUAAUAAAGUAUAUGCAGUUGGAGGCUGCAAUGGGACCACAGAAUUAUCCACAGUGGAAUGUUAUGAUAUGAUUAAAAGAAAGUGGAUUCCUGUGACUUCUUUACCACUUGCUAGAUCAAACACUGGUGUUUGUGAACUGAAUGGUAAAAUAUAUUGCAUUGGCGGAUGGAAUGGUCAAGUUGGAAUCAAACAGAGUGAUGUCUAUGAUCCUAACACAAAUAAAUGGACUAGUAUUGCUCCAUUGCAAACAGGAAGAAACCAAGCAGGUGUAUGUGCAAUGAAUGGUAAAGUAUAUGUUGUGGGUGGUUGUGAUACUUGGAAUUGUUUAAACACUGUCGAGUGUUAUGAUCCAGAGACAAAUUCAUGGUCAUUUAUUAAACCAAUUAUUACACCUAGACGUGGUUGUGGGCUUGCACAUAUCAAAGGGAAAUUAUAUGUUGUUGGUGGUUCUGAUGGAACUCAAUCACUAGCUACUACUGAAAUGUAUGAUCCUAACGAAAGAAUAUGGAUUCCCGGUCCAAACAUGAUUACACCUCGUGCAAAUGUAGGAGUUGCUGUGAUUGGGAAUAGAUUGUAUGCUGUUGGGGGAUUUUCUGGCAAAAAAUUCUUGAAUAGUAUUGAAUUUUUGGAUGAAUCCAUGGAUGAAUGGACCAGAUUUAGUCCAAGAAAUAAUUGUUCAAAGUCAGCAUCUCCACUUCCUACAGCUGAUACAGUCUGUAAUUUUAAUGAUUGUGAAUUUUCAAAUGGUUUUUCUAAUGGUGUCUCGGAUUAA